CGCCUCGACUGCGCGCGCCAAUUUCCACAUUCGACUCGCAAUCGCCUGAAACAGCUUGGCUUGUGCGACCGGGGGGCCGCUGUUGAUAAGGUACAGUACUGUGCAGCGUGCACCGCGCCCCUAGGAGCAGGAACCUCCAAGCCGCGCACCGGCCACCCAUUCGCUCUCGUACUGACGGCAGGGGCCUGCAGACACCUACAUAUCCAUAUUCACCCGCACUUCCUGCUGCUGCUCCAUCCGCACUCAUCUAUAUCCCCCGCCUCGCGCCUCCGGUCAGGCCUCUCCCUCUCGCGCGCCGUCCCUCACCUCCCUCCGCGCCGCCUCCUGGCCAGCGCCCGGCCACGAUGCUCACCUUCAAGAAGGCCCUGGUGCUCUCCCUCGCCGUCCUCACCCUCUUCUUCAUGUUCAAGACGCACCACUCGAGCAGCCAGCCCGUGCCCAUCCGCAACGCCAACGACCUGCCCAAGCCCGCCUCGCUGACGAAGCCGAAACCGGGCUCGCAGCAGCCCGCGAAACAGGAAACCACCGACGCGCCGAAGCCGCACAGGACGGACAAACCCUUCGCGACGCCCGACGUUCCCAAGAAGCCGAAGACGCAGGUCAGCUUGGACGAGCUGAGGAAGCGCCCGCUCAAGCAGCAGCUCGAGUACCAGUUCCCCUACGACGUUGACAGCAAGUUCCCGGCAUACAUCUGGCAGACGUGGAAGUUCACCCCGGCCCAGGGCGAGUUCGCCGAGGAGUUCCGUGAGGCAGAAGCCAGCUGGACCAUCCACCACCCUACCUUCGUGCACGAGGUCAUCACCGACAACGUCGCCGUACACCUGAUCCGACAUCUCUUCGCCUCAGUCCCCGAGGUCCUAGACGCCUACAAUGCGCUCCCCUUGCCCGUCCUCAAAGCCGACUUCUUCCGCUACCUCAUCCUGCUCGCCAGGGGAGGAAUCUACUCUGACAUUGACACGGCUGCAUUGAAGAGCGCCGCCGACUGGAUUCCCUCAGACGUCCCGAGCAACACCUACGGCAUGGUUGUUGGCAUUGAGGCUGACCCGGAUCGUGCGGACUGGGCCGACUGGUACUCGCGCCGCAUCCAGUUCUGCCAGUGGACCAUCCAGUCGAAGCCUGGCCACCCCGUCCUUGUCGAUGUGGUCGCCAACAUUACGCAGGAGACGCUGAAACGCAAGGCCGAAGGCAGGCUCAGCAAGGACCACAAAGGCAUCAUCGAGUUUACUGGCCCGGCUCUCUGGACCGACUCCAUCUUCUCCUUCUUCAACAACCCAGACUACUUCGACAUGAGCACCAGCAAGGGCAACAUCACCUGGGAGCACUUCACGGGCAUGAAGAGCCCCAAGAAAGUCGGCGAUGUCAUUGUACUCCCCAUCACGAGCUUCAGUCCUGGCGUCAAGACGAUGGGCGCGGGCGAGGAGGACGACCCGAUGGCGUUUGUGAAGCAUAACUUCGAAGGUACGUGAACACAAUACUUCUUUGUGCGCCGACAUACGUGGGAUGUGUUACUCUGUACCUGCCUUGCGUUGUGCUGUGUCUGUGCCCCUUGCCACAGGACAUCCAGCCGCGCGGAACCGACGUUGUUCACGCAGUCGAGUCUCGGGAAUGUCCGUCUCAUCAAUACUGACUGGCGCACAGGCACUUGGAAGCCCGAGUCCGAGCGCCAUAUUGGCGAAGUCUUCAACUGAGCCUCGUUUUCGCAUACCGCACACAUAUCGGCCGUCCGACGAUCCGGAUCUCCG